AUGGCGCCGAAGCAGGCGACAUUGGGGUACGUCAAGCCCUCGCAGACAACGCUGGGCAAGUUCUUCGGAGCGAAAGGCUCCAGGCCCGAGCCGCAGCAAAGCAAGCUAAGCUUCGCCACCAAGGCAGCACCAAAGAAGGAGGUCAAAAAGGAGGAGGAUGCUUCAAACGCAGCAGGCAAGGAAGAGAAGGCUUCAAAUAAGCCCAGGAAACGUACCAGAAGCCCGAGUCCCGACGUCAAGGCAUCAAGUCCGAAAGUCAAGCAUGAGGUCACCGAGGAGGACGAUGAGGACGAACCUGCCACAAAGAGACCUCGCAGAGCUCGUAAACGUGUCAUCGUGGAGGACGAGGACGAGGUGAUGGACGAAGCCCCAGCCAAGUCACCUACAACGUCACCCAAGGCUUCAAAGGCCAGAAAGAGUAGUCCUGUGAAGUCUGCAAAGGUUGAUAAGGCAAAGCCUGAUGACCCCAAGCCUUCUCGUUCGAAGAGAGUCUCCAAAUCUCCCUCGCCUACGCCGGCCGUCAAGGACGAAGAGGAGGAGGCGACGGAGUCUGCUUCGGAAGAUGACGUAGGCGAAGAUGACGAAGAGGAUAUCAAACCUGCGGUAGCAAAGAAGACAUUGGAGGAGGUCCAGAAGAAGCUCAAGACGCAGACCAAGGACCCGUACCCCGACUGGAAACCAGGCGAACCGGUUCCCUACGCUGCGCUCUGCACUACUUUCUCCCUCAUCGAGCUCACAACCAAGCGACUUGAGAUCAUGGCUCAUUGCUCGCUGUUCCUUCGACAGGUCCUGCGUCUGACCCCUGACGAUCUUCUUCCCACCGUCCUGCUCAUGAUCAACAAGCUGGCUCCCGAUUAUGCCGGUAUUGAGCUGGGUAUUGGCGAGUCUCUCAUUAUGAAGGCCAUUGGCGAGACGACAGGUCGCAGUCUUGCCGUCAUCAAGCAAGAUCAGAAAGAGAUUGGAGAUCUCGGCCUUGUCGCUGUCAAGAGUAGAUCCACGCAGCCCACCAUGUUCAAGCCCAAAGCCUUGACGAUCAGGGGCGUGCACAAUGGCCUAAUGGGCAUCGCUACUGUGUCGGGCAACGGUGCUCAGGGUCGCAAGGUGGAUGCCAUCAAGAAGUUGCUGUCGGCGGCUGAUUCCCGUUCCUCUGGAAAGGUAGACAUCAGCAAGGACAAGGGAGGUCCUAGCGAAGCCAAAUAUCUCGUUCGAUUCCUCGAGGGCAAGCUGCGGCUUGGUUUGGCCGAGAAGUCUGUCCUCGUUUCUCUAGCUCAAGCUGUGGUUUUCCAUGAGGCGAACGCUAAGGGUCAAGUACCCAAGACGACGGACGUGGAACAGGCAGAGGCCAUUCUCAAGACGGUGUACAGGUAUGUCAUUCUGUUCUACUUCGUGCCCAGUGCAUCGCUGAUUCAUGACAGUGAACUCCCGAGCUACGAUGUCAUCAUACCCGCCAUGGUGAACCACGGCAUCAUGAAUCUCCGGGAACACUGCAAGCUCAAGCCUGGAGUGCCUCUCAAGCCCAUGUUAGCCAAGCCAACAAAGGCCAUCACCGAAGUGCUGGACCGCUUUGAGAACCAGACCUUCACCUGUGAGUACAAAUACGACGGUGAACGAGCCCAGAUCCACUAUGUGGCCAAGUCCGCGGACGAGGAGAUUAGUCAAUCUCUGCCGGGAGCCACAAAGGCUGCGGCAGAUGGAGUUGCUUCCAUCUUUUCCCGAAAUUCUGAGGAUCUUUCCAAGAAAUACCCUGAUAUUCUCGCCAAGCUACAUACCUGGGUUAAGGAAGACACGAAGAGUUUCGUUCUGGACUGUGAGACAGUCGCCUGGGAUGUCGACGAAAAGAAGGUCCUGCCUUUUCAGCAAUUGAUGACACGCAAGAAGAAGGACGUCAAGAUUGAGGAUGUCAAGGUCAAGGUGUGCGUGUUUGCCUUUGAUCUACUCUAUCUCAACGGAGAGGCCAUUGUCGAGAAGCCGCUUCGCGAACGCCGCGAGCUCCUUGAGAACGCUUUCCGCCCAGUGGAGGGCGAGUUCUCUUUUGCUACGCACAUGGAUGGACAGGAGCUGGAGCAGAUCCAGGUGUUCCUUGAUGAGAGCGUCAAGGCAUCCUGCGAGGGUCUAAUGGUCAAGAUGCUGGACGGCUCAGAGAGCGGGUACGAGCCCAGCAAGAGAAGUCGAAACUGGCUCAAGAUAAAAAAAGAUUACCUCAGCGGCAUCGGCGACUCGCUCGAUCUUGUCGUGCUGGGCGCAUACCACGGCAAAGGCAAACGUACAUCCGUCUACGGCGCGUUCCUGCUUGCAUGCUACAACCCUUCGUCCGAGUCUUAUGAAACCGUCUGCAAUAUCGGCACGGGAUUCUCCGAGGCCGUCCUCGAGGAGCUGCACCAGCAGCUCUCGGACAUUGUCAUUGACCGGCCCAAGCCGUUUUACGCACACUCCUCGGGCGGGCAACAUCAGCCCGACGUGUGGUUCGAGCCGCGUUACGUCUGGGAGGUCAAGACGGCCGAUUUGACGCUCAGCCCGCGCUACAAGGCCGGGUGCAAGGAGGGUGUCGACCCGGGCGGCGAGAAGGGUAUCAGUCUGCGAUUCCCGCGGUUCAUCAAGGUGCGCGACGAUAAGAAGCCCGACGAGGCUACGUCGAGUCGCCAGGUGGCCGAAAUGUACCGCAAGCAGGAGAGCGUCACCAAGAGCAAGGGUCCCGCGGCGGACGAUGAUUUCGAGUAUUAG